UUAGGUUUCAUUGUCCAAGGAAACAGCGGGAAUCAGCAUGCCUCUCUUUCAUUACCUUACAGGUGCGUUUCCUAAACAUUCUCUUGACGGGGGUUAAUUUUAUUGACUUGUUCCCCGUAUAGUGAUGGUGCUUCAUAUAUAAAGACUUGUCAAUGAUUUAGAGUGGGAUUUGUUGAGAAGACGUGUUACGAUGACUGUUCGGGUGACAUUAUGUGUGAUGACGAUGGCCGUUCUCGGUCAUGUGACUGGUCAGUAUUUUGGCCCGACCACGCACUUCAGGGGGAUUGGUCGACGUUUCCCCAGUUUCCUCAGAGGGUCGCAGAGAGCGGGGGCUUGCGAUGACCCCUGCAAGUCCAUGACGUGUUCCUCUGGAUCAACUUGCCGCAUCGUCCAGAGUCAGUGCCUCAUCUCUCCGUGUCCCUUGGUGCCACGGUGUAUACGGGAUAGGUAUGCCGAGGACAAGGUGCUUGUGAACCCAUGCUUGGUCAACCGACCUGUCAUGGCCGCCAGUGGGAAUGAACUCGGCGGGUGUGUAGACGCCGGGUCAACAACGUGUUCAAUCGGCAGUAAAUGUACCCGAGCUUUGUACGGACAGGGCUCAAAAUGCUGCUAUGCUCCGUUUGGAUGCCAGUAUAAAAAGCCUGCAACCCACCAGUCUGGAGUCAAACCACAGCCCACCAACACAACAUCCACAUACUGUCCCUCCACCACUACCCACACGACCUGUGAGAAAGGCUGCAUCGUCUCAGCGGACUGCAAACAUGGCUACGUCUGUUGUCCGACAGCAUGCGGAACCUUGUCGUGUGCGCUUCCAAAGGGUUCAACUGUGAGCACGCACAGGGGUUUACUGAGAAGUGAACGCAGAGGAGUCAAGCCCGUCCAUGUUGCCACCCACAUCAGACGCCCAGUCGUCGUAGGGAGAAACCGGGGCAGUGUUGCCGUACGGUCAAGUUUUGUUCCGAAAAGAUCCGGUUUGUAUCCGACCAGAGGUGCUCUGCUCGCCACCAGCUCAAACAGAGUAUCACCCGGACAAUGCCGAAACAUGCUUCAGUAUCGGUCGUGUCGGAACCAAUGUUCUGAAGAUUCUCACUGUGGUGUUGGUAAAUGCUGCCAAACACGUUGCGGAACCAGGAUAUGUACCUACGGCAGGUUCGGGAGGUAUUUUGGCUGACAUACACUUAAAUGAGUUCUUCAUGAUAUGAUUUCCAAGACUUCUUUAUUCAAUUGUAUCAACGUUCCCCAUCAUGGUGAAAGCAGUUGUGCAGAAUUAGGAGGCAUCAACCAUGUCAAUAAAUUGUUAACGUCUGUACAGCGAUUGAUUCCAGAAUCUUCCUUGGGUUGCCGGUUUAAGUUUUCUUAAAAUUCCUUAUAAUA